CAAUAUUUAAUAGUGUAAGAUUAUCGUGUUUUAAAUAAAAAAAAAAAAUAGAAUAUGUUAUGCAAAAGUGUAGUUUUUUGUUUUUCAUUGACAUUACUAGGUGUUAGUGCAUCAAAAAUUUUAGCAAUAGUUCCUAGUCCUUCUUACAGCCAUCAGAUAUCUUUUAGAAAAAUAUGGAUAGAAUUAUCAUUAAAAGGACAUGAAGUGACAUUAAUAACAACAGACCCUAUGAAUGAUCCAAAACUAACAAAUUUAAAAGAAAUAGACGUGCAUGAAUCCUACAAAAUAAUGGACGAUCUCUAUCAAAAUACCCACAAAGCAUCUCGGUUCCAAUUUUUGAAAAUAAUGACCACUGCGUACGAGCAAAUAUUCGAAUACCAGUUAUCUACCGAUUCUGUGAAAAAGUUAAUGAGUAACGAAAGCCGUUUUGAUUUGGUGAUUUGUGAAUCUUUCCUUUUCGAGUAUCAAGCUUUUUCGGAUUUGUACAAGUGCCCGAAGAUAUUAAUUUCUUCAUUGGAUUCGCUCAUGUUCUUGCACAGUCUCUUAGGUAACCCCCCCAAUCAUGUGGCAAAUCCAGACAUACUUUUGCCAUACAUUUCUGAAAACAUGAAUUUUUUUGGUAGAUUGCAUAGUUUUGUACACAAUAUAUUGUACAAAGUCUUUAAAUGGUAUAUACAUUUUCCACAACGACAUGAGGUACUGAAAAGACAUUUUGGAGAAACAGUUAGACAUCCUGCAGAAAUACUCCUGGACACCGAUCUGUUACUAAUUAACUCCCAUCCAAUAUUUGCUGGUAUAAGAACGGUGGGACCUAAUGUGAUAUAUUUUGGAGGAGGAAAUCAUAUAUUUCCGUUAAAACCAUUACCCAAAGAUCUCCAGGACUUCCUAAACGACGCAAAAGAUGGAUGCAUCUACUUCAGCUUAGGUUCUAACUCCAAAAGUGUAGACAUUCCGGAGGAUAAAAUUCAAAUAAUUAUGGAAACCCUUAGCGAACUGCCCUAUAAGGUCCUGUGGAAAUUUGAAAUGACAGAUGUAAUAAAACCGCCCAAAAAUGUUAAAUUUAUAUCUUGGGCACCACAACAAGAUAUUUUAAGGCAUCCGAACAUAAAACUGUUCAUCACCCAAGGAGGUGUUCAGUCUUUAGAGGAAUCGGUCAUUAGUCAUGUACCUAUGGUGAUAUUGCCUAUACAUGGAGAUCAAGAAUCCAAUGCUAUGAGGAUGGAACUUACAGGUGUCGCUAGAAUUGUACCAUAUAAACCAAAUUUAAAUAAAGAACAAUUUAAGAGUAUCAUUUUGGAAGUUAUUUCCGACCCCAAGUAUAAAGAAAACUGCAUUAAAACAGCUGACAUUCUGCUGGAUCAACCAAUGAAAGGCGUAGACAAAGCAAUAUGGUGGAUAGAGUAUGUCAUUAGACAUAAUGGAGCCAAACAUUUUAGAAGUCCAGUUCUUGAUAUCCCUGCCUAUCAGUACUAUGGUUUAGACGUUAUGGGAGCAAUAUUUCUGUUUUUUUACAUUAUUUUUAAAAUUCCCUUUUGGAUUCUUAGAAUCUGUCGUAAAUCGAAAGCAGUUUCAAAAGUAGAAAGUAAGAAGAAAAAACAGUGAUUUAUUACUAUUUUGAGAUGAACUCAAAUAAAACUUAAUUCGAAUGAAUAAUUAUUUUCUAAAUAAUUAUUCAUAAUAUUUUAUAUUAAUUGCAUAACUAAUAUUUUUUAUAUAUGAUUUUUUUAAUAUAUAG